CAAGCACAAAUGAGCGCACGAUUCGAGAGUAAGCGGGGCGGAGCUAAAGCAGCUAGUCGAAACAAACAAAAUGGAAUACAACAAAACACUGAACAGGAAGCAUUAAGAGUAAUAUAUUGCUAAUUUGGUGGUUAAUAACGUUACCUGUGAAGCAAAAAUGCGACUUAGGUCUCAGAGAACCACCGUGCCCUACAUAGCGACACCAAGGAAAUCCCGCACACCUACUAGUGGCAAAGCAACACCGAGACGGACGCGGCUAUCGGUUCCAGACAGUCCAUUCGAUGACAAGGUUGAAGAGACACAUGAUGCUGAAGAUAUUCCCACCAUGACGAAGCGACCGCUGCCCCGUGGUCGGCCAAGAAAGCGAGCCAUUGCUGCAGAUGACACCGAAGCAGCCUUCAAGACUCCGACCAGGCCUACCUCGCACCCUGAGCACAUACUGUCUGAGAUAGACCCCGUCUCUCCUCAUAACUCCACAUCCAGGAAGAUCUACACCCCCAUUGUACGAUUCCUCACACCAAGCAAAGAGAAUUACAAGAGCACAGAAAAUAAUGUGUUGAUGAGCCCUGAACAAGGGGUAUUUGGUUAUGGCUCCGUUGAACUUCUGGUGGGAGAGGACGACGACCACAUCUUCAGUCCCUUCACUUUCAUUAAGAACCUGCCAUCACAGUCCCAAUAUUCCCAGCCCAGAUUGCCUGACAUCCCUCCAAAAACAAGGAGCACCCCUGAGGCCACGCUGGUGUUAGACCUGGAGGAAACACUGGUGUUCAGCUCUCUGAAUGUGAUUGAGAAUGCAGAAUACACAUUCCACACAGCUUUCCAGGAUAAUCAGUACAAGGUUUACAUGAUCCUGCGACCACAUUUAACAGAGUUUCUGCAGGCCGUGGCAAAAGUCUAUGAGCUCUUUGUUUACACCUGUGCAAAGAAAGAGUACGCCGAGAAGAUUCUGGAAAUCCUGGAUCCGCAGAGGAAGCUCUUUCGCCACCGUCUCUACCAGGAUGAGUGUGCCUGUGUCCUCGGGCACUAUGUCAAAGAUCUCAGCAUCCUAGGGAGGGAUCUCACUAAGAUUGUGGUUCUGGACAACGCACCUCACACAUACCCCUACCAUCUGAUGAAUACCCUUCCCGUCAAGAGCUGGUCUGGAGAGUCGGAGGACCGAGAGCUCCACAAGCUCAUCCCGUACAUGGAGAAACUGUCUACAGCGGAGGACUUUCGGGAGGUGCUGAAGAAGAGGAAGGACCACUUCCACCGGCUGCUGUCGGAGGACUGACACGACCAGAUCCUCCCACUUACCCCAAACCUCCACUUUGACGACCCUAUUUGACUCCUGCAGGUUAUGUGUGCAUUCUUCCUGCUUUGACUUUGAAAGCAGAACCGGCUCCCAGUUCUCUAACGUGCACCCCUGCUGUGUGGUGGUGGUGGUGGUGGUGUUAGUGGCCUCCUGUGUCUCACUGGUGACUCUUAAUGACACCUCUGUAUUUCAUGCUGCUGCACUGUUAGGCACCCAAAACCCCGUGUCCAAAGACUCAUUCCACAGGGCAAUACCCUGAGAUGAAACUUGAAAUGUUGUACAGUAUAUCAUUUUCCUUCUUUAAUUUAUUUGUUAUAUUGCAAAUUACAUCACUUUAUCCCCAAUUAUUUUUAGAUCCAAUUUUAAUCCAAUAAAAUAAAACCCUUAUAAGGGGGGAACUAAUUUGAAAAGUCUGUUUGUUUCAUGUUUGUGUGAAAUAGUCGUGGCAUCUAGCAACACAGCUCAUAAACAAACAAGUGAAAAUGAAAUGAUACAUUUGACCUCCUCUGUCCUCUCAACGUCGCACUUGGGUCAUAAUUUGUUCUCGGCUUGUUGCUACAGUUUUCGGACCUCUCACUUUGCUUUUCAUCUAGGAUGGUUUCUUUAAAAAAAAAAAACUUGAAAAAACAAGUCUGUAAAAAUAAAACUUGACUUCCUGUUCAGCAGGAAAAAGCUAACAGAGCAGCUAAUGGAAAAGCUAAGUGGGAACAAAAACAUGAGUUAUUGCACCUUCAGUAGUACAAUGGCUUGUCACUGUGGGGUGCCCUUAAAGUUACUACAGCUAUACUCUUGAUGGAUGACUACUUCAUCUUAAAAGCAUAACCUUUUGUUUUCACACUUUUGGCCCAGAAAGUGGUGCAAACCGUCAUCUUGGAGUCCCAUCGUGUAUCCCUACAGCAGACCUGGGCAAAUUAAGGCCCGGGGGCCUUAAAGCUUUUCAAUCUGGCCCGCCGGACAUUCCCAAAUUUUUUUUAGAUGUUUAAGAUGUAAAGUGUAGCUGCCAUUAUGAUGUGCAGUGAUGUUUUCUAAUGACCGUAAGUCUUCAACUAUACUAAGUCUUUCAAUGCUUGGAAUCUGCAUGAUAUACUAGUUACUAUGGUCAUCUAAUUAGUUACUAUGGUCAUCUAAUUAGUUACUAUUGUAAUCGACGUCACAGCAACUCAGACGAGGUACCAAGCACUGUUGGGCGGGAGGCGUUUCCACAGACGUGGAAGGAGAUUUUCACAACAAAGUUCUAAAGCUUAGUCAUAUAUCAGAUGUAUCAGAUUGUAGGUGGGUUUAUUUUGUACCCUUCGCGUUCAUAUUUCACUGUUUGUUGCAUUUUUGUUGCGUUUCACUUGAUUGUAAAAUAUGUCGAUUGAAAGGGGGUGUGACAUUCAUAUUUUGUCAAUAUUCAGUGUUUUAUCGUUCAUAGAAAGAAAAAAAUUCCAUUACGCUUUUUAAGGUGGUCUGUCAUGGCGUUUUUAGCAUUCAAUCAGACAUUAUUGUGAGGUUAUGUAUUAGUGUUCCUAAAAAUAGAUAUACCGGCCUCCAGACACUUUUUUUUCUCUAAAUGUGGCCCCCGAGUCAAAAUAAUUGCCCAGGCCUGCCCUACGGAGUACAUAAGUUCACUUUGUAUUCCUACCCUAUUUCUGUGUGUAUGCCACUUUUUACAUGCGAGUCAUGUGACUUUUUAGUCAUCUACUCAUCAGUUAUUUAAGAUGACCAAUUGUUCCACUGGCCUGAAGCAGAACUUUUCCUUAUAGAAGUUAAACAUCCAUUCAUUUUUGAGUGGGUACAGCUACUGUAUAUGUUCAUUGUAAUUGUCAUGUAUAAAAAUACUAUUACUAUGGUACGCCCAUGCAGAAGCGUUUUAUGAAGGUGGUGAGCACGUCAAGAAAGAACUGCUAGCAAAAGUUGGUGUCUUUUCCAAC